CCGUGGUGUGUUGUCGUUGAGUGGAUACAUUCUAGUCAUUGACUUUGCAGAUUCAUCCUUGUUGAGCUCUAUGUUUUUCUAUAACACCGCGAUAGAUCAUUUAUUUCUCAUUACUUCACCCGAUAUAAGUAGAUCUGAUAUCUCAUAGUGUUCUUGGAUACUAAACAAGCUUAUUUUCUCUUGUUCUCACUCUUUGCUCUUCCAAUUCAUCCUGCCCAGAUCUUUCUUGUUAGCACUACGCUAAUGUCAUUUUUUAGUGAUCCAGAAUUAUAUCUCGUAUGGGGACGCACCAUGGGUUUGAAGUUUCAUAUAUUCAAGAUUCAGGCGGAAUUCGGUUCACCUCUUACAUCAAAGUACUUUCACACCCAUGAGAUAUGGUAUACAUGCUAGUCCACAGCAGGGAAAUGAUUCUGCUGCAAGUGCAAAGAUGGAUCGUGUAUCUAUAAAUGAUCCAGAUGUAGAGAAGGCUGACAAACUGCAAUCUCUUCAGAAGAAAGUAUCAGAUCUACUCGAGCAACUGAACCAGGAGAAGAACGAUAAGCAGGUUCUUGAGAAAAAAGUAUCAGAUCUGAUUGAGCAAUUCAACCAGGAUAAGCAAGCUUUGGAGAAACAAGUCAAUGAGUUAACGUUGAAACUUGAAGAGUGCUGUAGUGGUGCUAAAGGUGGAUCGGCUGAUGAGUAGUAGAUCAUGUUGAUUCAAAUCGACCAUUUGGAAAAUUGGAGUACUUGUUUUGCUCAUUAGCUUUGAAAAAACGCAGGAAAAGCCCAAGCCACCUUUGCUAAUCUGUUUCAAAAGCCCAGGCUACCUUUGCUAAUUUGCUUUUGUUAUGUUGUAUGGUUACUUGUAAGUUGUAAUAUCCAUGUUUCAAAAAAAAAAAAAAGAAGGUUUGUUUGUUGUUUCACUA